CAAACAUUUUUGUAGCGCCAAUAAUGCUUUUAAUAAACCGUUUUUGUUCACAACUAAUUUUUGUGCAUUGUUUUGGUUAAUAGUUUUAAUUUCGUAUUUUAGUUUAAUUAAUUUAAGAAAAUGGAAAAAGAAAAGAAAGAAACAGAAAUGGAAAUUGGCGAAUUUCUCGAAGAAUUCGACUGGAAUGAUGCGCGAUUUUCACCAUGGAAGUUACCACCGUUGGAAAUUUUGAACGCAAAACAGAGAUUAACACUGUUAGAAGACGAAGAUUUAUUGGAGAAUGCUACAAAACUAACGGACGAAGAUUAUAAAGAAAUGUGUUUGAAAUUACCAACACAUGUUGUUUUGUCAUGCGGACAAGUGUGUGUGGGUGUCGAAAAAAGCUGGCCCAAACUUUGUUUCCGAAAGAAUAAUAUGGAUGAAUUGAAUUCAAAAGAGAAACGAUACAUAUACCAUGCAAUGGAACGGAAAGGAACAACGCUUUACAACAAAUAUGUCAACAUGGAGCGAAAUAAAGAAAGACAAAAUGAAAGUAUCGAUGAUUCAUUAUUAUUUUAUUAUGAAAUAAAAUAUCGAAGAUUGCUAUAUGAGCGUAUUCGUCGUUUGGAAACUGAAACCGAAACCGAAGUAAGUCUAAACUCCGAAAGCAAUGACGAGAAUUCGAUAGUAACGGUCAUAAAUACACAAACUAAGGACACCUCACAUCGAGAAGUGAACAACAAGGACAAUCAAUCAGUAUUCGAUGUGAAUUACAACGAUAUGAGCAAUAUGAACGAUGAAAAUGUUGCAAAUAAUUUACAAGAUCAUGACGAAAGUCAAACUAAUGGGCAGGUCCGGAAUCAAGGUAAAAAACAACCAGUCAAUCAACAUGAUGAAAACGAUAUUGAUGGUAAUGAUGAUGAAGUAGUACUCGUUUUCUCUGAUCAUGAUGAAGAAUCAGAGGAGGUACGGAAUCAAGGCAAAAAACAACCAAUCAAUCAACAUACAAAGAGAACAAGCAAUAUGGCAAAGUAUGAUGAAGAAGAUGUUGAUAGUGAUAGUGAUGAUGAGAAUUUACUGGUUUUCCCUGAUACUGAAGAGCGAGAUAUAAUGAUUGACUCUGAUCAGAAUAUAUGCGUUGACAAAUUUCUAGAAAGUACUAUAACACACACCGAAGAAGAUGAACAAACCGUACAAGAUAUACAAUUGGAAGAUUAUCUCUCACAGAACACCGGUGCAGAUUUUGGAACACAAGAUGUUGAGGUGGCUCCAGUAGCUUUGGUAAAUACUCUACAGCAACAGCGACGGAAUGUUCUGGAUGAUCCUCAUGAUGAAGAAAUCCAUAGCGAAGAAAUCGAUAGCUUGGAAUUCAUAACGGAAGUAACGGAAGCAAGAACCUCAACACAAAAUUAGACAAAUCAUCAUUGUGAUAUUAUAUUCUCACGCACGAAGAUUCUUUCGGAUAUUUUGACUAAAAAAACGACAUAUUUUUUCAGUUGAAUUUACAGUAAAACGAAAAAAAGAAAA